AAAACAUUUCUAAGUGAUACUUCAAGUGACAAUAACGCUUUGAGCUGCAAACUUUUCAAGCAAUUUUAACUGAAAAUGAAAUUCUCAAUUGUUGUUCUGUUAGCAAUGGUUGCAGUUAUUUCUGCUGCACCAGCUCCAAAGCCGAACGUAGUUGCUGCUGUUCCAUCAGUUUACAGCCCAUACUAUGCAACACCUUAUAGCUACUCAAAUUAUUACAGCUAUCCAUCAGUUUACAGUCCAUACUACAGCGGCUUGGAUAUUAUGCCGUUUGCAAGUAAUCGCUUUAAAGUGUACGGGUCAACUUACCGGGUUUGGGCUGGUACAAAGCUCGUUAUCGUUACAACUGAUCCAAGAUAUUUCGAGAUUGUGUUAUCAAGUCAAAAACAUUUAACCAAAAAUAAUAUGUAUGACUUUUUGGUUGAUUGGCUUGGUACGGGUCUUCUCAUCUCAACUGGCCAAAAAUGGUUCACUCGACGCAAGAUUAUCACACCAACUUUCCACUUUAAAAUUUUACAACAAUUUAUUGACGUUUUCAAUCAACAAGAUCAAGUGUUCGUUGAUAAAAUUCUGGGUAGAAAAUGUGAAAAACCUUUUGAUGUUUACAAUGAUGUUACUUUGAUGUCGCUUGAUAUUAUCAGUCAAACAGCAAUGGGAGUUGAAGUUAAUGCUCAACAUAAUGAAGAUUCAGAAUAUGUCAAAGCUGUUAAAGAGAUAUGUUACAUUAUUUCAUCGAGAAUGAUGAACUUUUGGCAACGAAAUAAAUUUAUCUUCAGUCUAACAAAUGCUAAGAAACGACAUGAUCGUCAUUUAAAAACGCUACACUCAUUCACUAAUGAUAUCGUUGAGAAACGUCGAAAACAAAUUCUCGAAGAUGCUGAAAGUGAAAUAAAAAUUAAUUACACGGACGAUGAUUCAAUAGGAAUUAAGAAAAAGUUGGCAUUACUUGAUGUUUUGUUGCAUGCUUCAGUGGAUGGAAAACCUUUGACCAAUGCGGAAAUUGCUGAGGAAGUAGACACUUUUAUGUUUGAAGGUCACGACACUGUAACUUCAGCUAUAACUUUCGGUCUUUAUCUUCUUUCACAAAACCCCGAAGCACAAGAAAAAAUCUUCGAAGAAGUUUCGAGAAUUGUUGGUGAUGAUUUGAGUGUUCAUCCAACAUACAAUCAGCUUCAAGAGAUGAAAUAUAUUGAAUGUUGUAUUAAAGAGAUGCUCCGAAUAUAUCCACCAGUUCCAAUUUAUGGGAGAUUACUUGAUGAAGACCUUGAAGUUGAUGGAAAAAUUUUGCCCGCAGGCAGUAACCUAAACCUUAUGAUUUUCAACAUCAAUAUGGAUCCGAAGUAUUUCAAAAAUCCUGAGGCUUUCAUUCCCGAAAGAUUUAAUGAAACAAGUGAACGAAAUGAAAAUCCUUUUGUUUAUGUUCCAUUUAGUGCCGGGCCAAGAAAUUGUAUUGGACAAAAAUUUGCCAUGCUUGAAUUGAAAUGUGCAUUUUGCAAUAUUGUCAGAAACUUUAAGUUGCUCCCAAGUAAAAUUGAACCAAAAUUGUUGGUGCAACUCACAUUGAAAUCAUCAAAUGGAAUUCACCCCAGUAUAAACUUUCAAUCAGUUGACCGAAUAAAUUCAAUUAGUGCGAAUCGUGUCGUAAUGGAUCUUUUAACUUUUCUCUUUGUACUGUUUUUGAUUUUCUCAGGAUGGUUUUAUAAAAAAUAUUCGGAAACUUAUACGCUAGCGAGGAAGCUUCCAGGCCCAAAAGGAUGGCCAAUUCUCGGUAACGCUUUGAUGUUUAUCGGGCUGUCACCGCCAGAGCUUCUAAAACUCUUGGAGACUUUUCCGAAGAAAUACGGACGAACUGUAAGAUUCUUGAUAGGCCCACAACUUCAAGUUCUCUUUACUGACCCGAAAGAUUGCGAAACAAUUCUCGGAAGUCAAAAGUUAAUCGAUAAAUCAGAUGAAUAUGAUUUCAUAGCUGAAUGGCUUGGCACUGGACUUUUAAUCUCCAACGGUCAAAAAUGGUUUACCAGGAGAAAGGUUAUCACGCCUACAUUUCAUUUCAAAAUCCUCGAACAAUUUGUUGAGGUUUUUGACAAACACAGUGCAAUUUUUGUACAAGAGUUGUCGAAGUGUAAAGGUCGUGCAAUCGAUGUUUUUCCGUUUGUAACUUUAGCUGCUCUUGAUGUGGUUUGUGAAACUGCUAUGGGAGUUGAAGUGAAUGCACAACUGAAUUCAGAUUCCGUUUAUGUAAAAGCUGUGAAAGAGAUUAGUAUGAUCUUAUCAACACGAAACUUUAAUGUUUUCUUGAGAAACAAUUUCCUGUUUAAACUCUCAUCGUUAGGGAAAAGACAAAAAGAAGUUUUGUCAAUUCUUCAUAACUUCACUGACAGUGUUAUUAUAGCAAGACGAGAAGAGUUAGCGAAUAAAUCAAAGAAAGGUAUCAAUGAAGACCCCAUUGAUGAUGAAAUUGGCAGUAAAAAGAAACUCGCUUUACUUGAUGUACUUUUACAAUCGACAAUUAAUGGAGAACCUCUAAGCAAUAUGGAUAUUCGUGAAGAAGUCGACACGUUCAUGUUUGAAGGACACGACACAACGACAAGUGGAAUUGCAUUCUGUUUGUAUUGCAUUGCGAAUAAUCCUGAAGUACAGCGUAAAGCUUUUGAAGAGAUUAGAAAUGUCAUUGGCGAUGAUGUGACCAAACCAACAACUCAGAAAGAUCUAAACAACCUUCACUAUUUAGAGUUGGUUAUUAAGGAAACUUUGCGGCUUUAUCCUUCGGUUCCCUUUUAUGGAAGGAAAAUGCAUGAAACGGUUGAAAUAAAUGGGAAAUUUAUUCCAAAAGGAACCAAUGUUGGUAUUGGCCCUUAUUUCAUGGGACGUGAUGAAACCUUGUGGAAAGAUCCUUUGAAGUUCGAUCCAGAAAGAUUCAGUAUAGAGAAUUUGAACGCACAUCCUUACGCUCAUGUUCCGUUUAGUGCUGGUCCAAGAAAUUGUAUUGGUCAGAAAUUUGCAAUGUUGGAAAUGAAAAGCGCAAUAUCGAAGACGUUGAGAAAUUUUGAGUUUUCAGUAGCCCCUGGAUAUGAACCAAAAUUUGAUAACUUUGUUGAGCAAUAUAAACAUUUUCCGAUGGAUCCUGUAUUGCCUUUUUUUGGCCAAAGUUUACCUUACGCUUUAGUGGCUCCUUCAGAAGCAUUUUUAUUGGGUGUAGAGUCUAUUAAAAGACAUGGAGGUAGUGCUUUAUUAAUUAUGGGAUUUAAUGCAAAACUAUUCAUAAGUCACCCAAAGGACGUCGAAGCACUUUUGACAAGUCGAAAACUGAUUACAAAAUCAGACUUUUAUGACCAUUUAUCCGGUUGGCUGGGCAAUGGGUUACUCUUGUCGUAUGGCGAGAAAUGGACAAAACGAAGAAAAAUGCUAACACCUGCAUUUCAUUUCAAAAUAUUGGAUGAGUUUGUGGAGACUUUCAAUAAAAGCAGUGAAAUACUUGUAAAAAUUUUAAAAGAAAAUGAAAACCAAACAGUUGAUAUAUUUCCGAAAUUAGCCGCAUGUGCUUUGGAUGUGAUAUGUGAAACUUCAAUGGGAGUUGAAAUUCACGCGCAAAUGAAUUCUGAAUCGAAAUAUGUGAGAGCAGUUAAUGAAAUGGGAGAAAUUGUAGCUACAAAGUUUUUUAGUGUUUUACAUCAAAAUAAAUGGUUUCAUCGACUGACACCUUUAUACGUGAGAGAAAGAAAAUGCCUUAAAAUUCUUCAUGAUUUCACUGACAAUGUAAUCAUUGCAAGAAGAAAAGAGUUGCUUUGUAAUACUCCGAAUGUCUCUGACGCUCUUGAAGGUGUCAUAGAAAAUAAAAGAAAGUUUGUUUUACUUGAUGUUCUGCUACAAGCUUCCGUUGAUGACAAACCUUUAACCAAUUUGGACAUUCGAGAGGAAGUUGACACAUUCAUGUUUGGAGGACAUGAUACAACAACGAGUGGGAUGUCUUUCUGUUUGUAUUGCUUGGCCAAAUAUCCUAAAGUUCAAGAAAAAGUUUUUAUGGAAAUAAGAAAUGUUUUUGGCGAUGAUCCCGAUAAGAAUGUAACACUCAAUGAUUUGAAAAACCUGAAUUACCUGGAAUUGGUUAUUAAAGAAUCAUUUCGGAUUUAUCCGCCAGUCCCAAUUUACGGAAGGAGAGUUCUUGAAGAUGUGGACUUAAACGGAAAACUUAUUCCAAAAGGUACAAACGUUAUUAUAUCCACUUCUGUCAUGGGACAAAUGGAAGCGUUUUGGGAAAACCCAGAAGAGUUUAUACCGGAAAGGUUUCACGUCGACAAGGCAAAAAAUUUUAAUCCAUUUGCCUAUGUUCCGUUUAGUGCCGGUUCUAGAAAUUGUAUUGGUCAGAAAUUUGCUAUGCUUGAAAUGAAGACUGUAAUUUCUAAAAUACUACGUCAUUAUAAACUAUCAGUUGCAAACGAUUUCAAACCAGUUCUUUUAGCGGAGCUUGUUUUGAGAUCUGAAAAUGGCAUUCUAUUGAAUAUUCAGAAACGAAAGGAUAGAAAUGAAUGA